UAUUGUUGGUUUUGAUUUUCCUUCAAAAGUCUCCCAUCCUCUUUUACCCUCUUCCAAUCCUCACGCUUUCUUCUUCGUUCUUUUUCGAAACCGAUUUUUUCUGGGUUUCAGUUUCAGUUUCUGGGUUCAUUUCGAAAGCCAUAAUUCAAGAAAACGAAGAUCCAGGAAUGUAUCAUCAGUCAUCUCAGCACUUUGAUUUGGAGCAGGACAAUGCUAAUUUGGGUUUUGGCGGUGGAGAACCAACUUCAUGGCUUUCCGGCGAAGAUCUCCGACCUUCUUCUCCUUCUCACCGCCGUAAUCUUUCCGCCUUUUCAAAUUCCACCGCCACUACUGCCGCCGGAAAUGUCGACCGUCUUCUCUUCAAUGACCUUGUCGAGAUCGUUCCACUCGUUCAGUCUUUGAUUGAUCGAAAGGCAACCAGUUCAUACACUCGUAGGGGGUCAAUGAUCUACACGAAGACACCUUCGAGAGAAUCAAUGUCUUAUAAGAUGACUGAUGCAAAAGGUAGGAACGCUCAGUCAAUUCCUGGAAAAAAACGCAGGGAAAAUGGUGGUGGCAAUGAACAAGAUGGAGGAGCUGAUGGGUUUUCCAUGUUUUCCUCAAAUGCAAUUUUGACCAAGGAAAGGGAAGAGUUGACUGAAUUGAGAGAGAAAGUGGAGCAUCUGCAAAAACAGUUGUUGGAAAAAGAUGAAAUCUUGAAGUCAGCAGAAGCUUCAAAAAAUGAAAUUAAUUCUGUUCAUAACACACUUGAUCAAAUGAAAAAUCAGUUGGCAGAAAAGGAUUUGUUACUCCGCUCUACUCAGGCACAAUUAGCCGAUCUCAAGAUUAAACUUGCUGAUAAACAAGCAGCUGUGGAGAGGUUACAGUGGGAAGCAACAACUUCCAAUAACAAGGUGGAAAAGCUCCAGAAAGAUCUGAAUGCCUUUCAAGGAGAGAUGUCAUCAUAUACACUGUUAUUCGAAAGCUUGUCAAAUGACAAUUAUACCCUUUCGGACCAAGAGUAUGAUGAUAUCACACCCGAUGAUGCCCACCUUCCUGAAAUAGAUGAUAUGGAUAUUAGCAAAAUGGAAGAGGCACAAGAAGCUUACAUGGCUUCAAUUGCUUCUGCAAAAGAGAAGCAGGAUGAAGAGUCGAUUGCCAUGGCUGCCAAUGCAAGGUUGCAUCUGCAAUCUUUUGUUCUAAGAAGUUGACUUUUGAGAAAGUCAACGAUUUGGAGUGUUGUUAUGGUGGAUGUCAUAUCAUGCAAACCCUACCUACCCUUUGGUGUAAUCUUAUUCUUUUAAAAGUUGUGUGAGUUGGGAUUUCAUAUCCAUUUGCAAUACUUAAAUUUUAUCA